UUAGGCGACUGCCGGCGACUACGACAAUGGAAUUCACCGAAGCCAGCACCGGUGACAACGUGUGUUACCUGGCGAGAACCUACGACAUCCUGGCGACAACCUACGUUAACCUGGCAACAACCUACGACAGCACCUACAUCAAGCUACGCUCAUUGGCAUCAAACCUACGGUUGUCACUGUCGCCAAACAAUGUUCAACAUGUUGAAAAUCCAGCAGCGACCAGAAAGAUGCUCGGACUCUUUGGGCGACUGAGGAGACUACUCACAACCAUACAGGCAACACCCCAGCGACAGCCUAGUCGCCUGUUGUCGCCUAAAAAAUUGCCUAAGUGGGACAGGCCUAUUAAUUGCUCGAAGCCUUAAUUUAAGUCUCUCUGUUUGACACUUUAGAUGACGCCUCAUGGGGGCAAUGUAGCCCAAGGGCCUAUCAAUUAAAUGAGGAAUUGUCAUCAGAUGAGGACUUUUGCCCAAAGAUAUUGCUGAAAGCUUCUUAAUUAUUUUUAGUCAAUAAACUGCCUCCGAUGCGAAAGUGGUAUUCAGAUUAUGGGUUUAUGGCCUACUUUAUUUGAACCUUGGCAUUCAACCAGCUUGGCUUCCAGUUCUGAUCUCCCUACUUUCUCCUUUGCUAAAAUCCCCACAGGGUAAAGGGUUUUGCAAUUGAGGCAGCAAUAGCCAUUCUUGGAGCAUUGGACAUGAUGCAAGGAGAUGAGUUGAAGUGAGACGGACAGUGGACGAUAAGCUGGUCUGGGGAAUAAAGGAAUUGCUGGUCGGUGUGGACUCAGUGGGCCGAAAGGCCUGUUUCCACGCUGUAUCUCUAAUCUAAACCAGUGGUAAAGGUGAUGGUGGCCUUGUGUUGACUGAGGUGGUGAGCUAGUGAUGCCUGUGGGCCAGUGACUGGCAGUGACCAUGCAGUUGCACCGAUGGUGAUUUAUUGAUUGGGCAAGUGGUGACCAUGUCGGUGGGCUGAUCUCAUCAAUGGUGAUGAGGGGCACCAGCCUAUAGUGUUGGUGGUAGCAAUAAGUGCUGCUGUUGAUUUGUGGAAUAGUGGCUUUCUGAUGGGAAAUGGAGUUAUCAACCUCUAGGUUUGAGCACCCUCAGAAAAAAAAGAAAUCAUGUAUUAAAAUGUGCCUUUAAUUUGAGAGUGUUCUUCGUAAAUGUUACUGUGCUGCGAGUCAUCCUCCUUGACAACGUACAGUUAAUGAAGUUAGACACAAAAUACCUGAGUCGCUUAACGGGUUAGACAGCAAAUCUGGAGAAAAGGAGCAAGUGGCAUUUCAGAUUGUGAUCCUUCCUCGAUCUGAUGAAGGGUCUCAAACCCGAAACGUCACCUAUUUCUUUUCUCCAGAUGCCUGACCCACUGAGUUACUCCAGUAUUUUGUGUUUAUCUUUGGUGUAAGCCAGCAUCUGCCGUUCCUUCCGAUACAGCUAAUGAAGUGCUGAGUUUUGUGGCUGAAAUUUGUGUAGGCCUUGCACCUUCAGGGGGGUAGUAGAUAAGGGGAAGAAAAGACAUAGUGCGGGAGUAACUCAGUGGUUUCUGCAGCGUCACUGGAGAACGUGGAUAGGUGACAUUUCCGGUUGGGACCCCCCCUCAGUCUGAAGAAGGGUCACAAUCUGAAACAUCACCUUCAUGUUUGCUGGGGAUGCUGCCUGACCUUUUUAAAUCGGCAUCUGCAGUUCCUUGUUUCUGCACUAAGAGGACCCCAAUAGAGAUCACCACUAAUAAUGUGGCAUUUAGAAACCGGCUUAACAACGUAUUUGGCAAUUUUUCAUGACUCGCUUGUAUGAUGAUUAAACUUGCGGUAGAUAUUUAGGUCAUGAUAUAUAUUUUUUUUCAUUGCAUAUUAAUUAAUUUCCUGCUCAGGAGAGCAAGUUGCAAAGCAACGCUCGUAAUGUUAGCUGAUAUUUUCAGUUUGUAUUUGAACCGUCUUCAGAAAUUGAAUUAAAAAUAUCUGAUUGUUUUUAAGGAUUUGAAGGAAGUGGAAUUUCACAAUGCAUCCUGCUGUUAUGCACAGUGCUAGCCUGGAGAAAUUUGUAAUGCUAAUAUUUCCAUAUUAAAUAUGUGCUAUAAACACCAAUGACUAUUCAUGUGACUUGAGAUCCCGUCUCUGUGGUUGGUGGUGCAGAAAUACAGCUAUUAAUUACAGCUCUGGAGCGGUGAAUCCGUGGAGCUGUAGGCUGUUAAAUUUUUAUGCUUUUCAAGGGGAAUCUUGCCGUUCAAACAUUUACUUAACGAUUCUAUGUGAGAGACAAGAUCCAUCUUUAAAUCGCAUUUUGAUGAACGCUUCCUAGAAUCGCCCCUUUCUGUCUAAUACUUCGACCUAAUGGUGAUGCUCCUUGCAUCCUUUUCUUUACGCUGCUUUUGCGAUGAAGUACUCCGGUUCUUCGAAAUGAGCUGCUAAGCAGGCUGACUGGACAGGAAGCAAGCAAUCUCGACCAUUUGAUGUGCCUGUUCUCCCAUCACUAAAGAAUUUGGUUGUGCUGCCGUUUUUAUUUUCUCCUCUGGUGAUCAGGCUCGCCUUGCAUCAUCAGUGCUCGACAACAAUGUUUUACCGUAGCCCCCUAUCCAUUUGAAUCAGCACCAUAUAGUUGACAGCUACUGAAUUUAAGAAUUAAAAUUCUUCCCUAAGCUUGAAGAUUAAAGUUCUCUGAAGAAUGUACUUAAAAUGGUUGCUGAUUAAGAAGAGAAUUCUGGGAUUGCAUGCAUCAUUCAGAUGACUGUCAUGCCAUCAAGUACCGAUAUUAUGGACAACUCCCACAGCCAGACUGUCCUUGGUUGUUUGAAUGAACAACGCACCAAAGGUGUAUUCUGCGAUGUCACCAUUGUCGUGGAAGACACCAAAUUUAAAGCCCACAAAAAUGUAUUGGCAGCUUCCAGCACUUACUUUAAGAACCUAUUUUCAAGCCAAGAGUUGUGGUUGGUCGGCCAUAUCCUUGAACUGCCUGACUUCAAGGCAGAUGUGUUUGCAGAAAUAUUGCAUUUCAUCUACAGCGCAAAGGUGGUGGCCAAAGGGUCUGAGCGAGCGAAAGAUCUUGUGGAUGGUGGAAAACGACUGGGGAUUUCAUUUCUGGAAAAUCUGGCGCCUUUCCCUCAGCAACACAUUGGGCCUGUGGACGCCCUGUGCAGCUCAUCAUCCAAUUCAACUCGAUCACUUUCUCCUGCCUCUUCCCUCUCCCUAUCAACAGGUUUUCAUAACCUGAAAGCCGAGGCCUCCAGUUCUCUAUGCGACAAAAGCAGUGAAGAUUUCCCGUCUAUUAAUGGGCCCCGAAUCACAAAUGCAUUUUCCAUUUUCAACUUGCAGGAUGGCAGCGACUUGUACUUUCCACUUGACUUGACAGCCAAUGGCAACAAGAAGGCCAUAGGAUCUGAUAAGCUGCCCAUGGUAUGUGCUCCCCAGGAUACAAAUAGAGCACAGCAGAAGCCUGCUCAGACCUUCGCUGAACAUUCCUAUGCCGUAUUCUCCGCCAGAAAAGCUCAGCAAAAUGGUGGGCACUCUGGUGUUCAAGAAUCUUCAGAAGAAAAGGAAAAGCCUUUAUGCAGCGAUGGUUGUAAGGCUGCUGACACUGGAGCCGGGCAGGAUGGUUAUCCAGUAGACCAACUUUGCAAGACAAAUCAACCACUUCACGCCACUAGUUCAACUGACUUUAAAGUUCUGCGGUUUAAUUUGAAUGCACUACAAGCCACAAGUGAAGGUCGUCCAGUAGGCUUAUUGCCACUUACUGAUCCAUUGAAUGAGCCUACCGUUAAUACGCAGGAAACUACCGGUGGAGUUACUGCUGCAGAGAAAUGUUCCCCUGCGAGGGAAAACGUGACAAAAUCAGUGCCUAAUGCUGUUUGGUCUGAAACUAUGCCGGAAAAGGAAAGCCAAGCUGCCUACAGCUGUAUGUAUUGCCCGCGAUCUUUUAGCACUCGAGUUUCAUUGAAUGUUCAUUCCCAGAUCCACACAACCCUGUUAGAAAAGCCCCUGUCUUGCAGACACUGUGGUAAACCAUUUGUUCACCUCAAGAGGCUCCAGACACACGAGCAUCUUUGCAGAGGGCCCGGAACGGUUCUGCCCGACUCUGGUCCUACAGAGGAGCACAUGGAGAACUUUUCCAGUGACAAUGAAGUUGCAAGAAGUGAGGAGGAUCUAAAUAUGUCGUCUUGUGCUUCGGAACCGGAGAAUACCAACAAGCGCACGCUAAAUUUGGUACGGUCAAGGCGAGGCAGCAGCUCACCGGACCCAGAACAUUUUGUCAAGGUUGUUGAGGGGCACAUUCUGUAUUUCUGCAGUGUUUGCAAGCGCUCCUAUGUGACUCUCUCCAGCUUGAAGAGACACGCCAAUGUCCAUUCAUGGAGGAGAAGCUAUCCCUGCCACUACUGCAGUAAAGUAUUUGCAUUAGCUGAAUAUCGUACCAAACAUGAAAUAUGGCACACAGGUGAGAGGCGGUACCAAUGCAUCUUUUGUUUGGAGACUUUUAUGACCUACUAUACUUUGAAAACGCAUCAGAAAGCGUAUCAUGGCAUUGACCCAGGUCUUCCCACGAAUAAGAAAACGGCCAAUGUGGGAUACAGAGCCAAGAUGUAUCCAUUCAAACUGUACAGGCUUCUACCUAUGAAGCUACAAAAGAGACCAUACAAAACCUACACUCGAUCAUGUCCAAAUAGGUUCAACCGUAAUCAAGUUUCUGGAGUUUCUUCAAAUGAUGAAAAUAUGGCACCUGUUGACCUCGGUAACCUUUCGAUUACCAAUCCAUCAUCUACUUCAGAGAAUUUGCAAGAUAACUUGAUCUCUUCAGAGACCAUUCCUUCAGAACAGCCGCUUCAUUUUGCAUCAACUCGGGAUGGGCCAAGUGAAGAAGAACAACAACCUCGCCUGCCUGGAGAAAAUGGCUGCCAAUACAAUGCUUCCUCGCCUGCUUGGACUUCAACAGAAGGUGAAGCUAAUAGUAGCAGUAAACGUUGUAUUGAUAAUGGACCACAAGGCUUGGCCACUGAUGUAAAUACAGCAGGUCUCUCUGUUAUUAAUUAUGGGCAUACAGCUCCCUCUGUGAUAAUGCAUAGCAAUAGGGUUUCAUCGGUUAUCAAGCAUGGAAAUGCAUUUUCUUCUGUCAUUACGUACAGUGGUGGUACAGAGCUUGGUAGCGAUGGUUAUCCGACAUGCCCAAAGACCAAUAUUAGUAGCGAUUCCUCAGAUGCAAAAACAAGGAAAAGCAUAACGAAAGAUGGUGUUAAAACGCAGAAUAAAAGUGGACUUAGGAAGGCAAUAGAAUCAGCAGUGGGAAGUGGACAACUGGCAGGACCUGGGGCUACGCACAAGAACCGAUCAAGCAGCUUCUCUGCUGGAAGCCGUACAGAAACCUACAUUGCGAAGCCUGCCUGCCCGGGAACCUCCAGAGACAACCAGGUAGCUCCUCUUUGCCAAAUUACAGUGAAAAUUGGGGACAAAGCGGUUGUACAAAGACACAUCUCUGGCUCCAAACUGUUCCGCCGAAAAGGUCGGAAGCCAAAAUGGAUGGUAGGAAAAGAAGAUAAAGUGGUUGAAAGUUUCAAGAUGGAAGAAGAUGACGAUCAAAACCUGAAGUCGUCCAAUUGUCCAGAUCCUGCUGGAAGUAUCGCAGAUCCCGCAGGAGGUUUAGAAACGUGCGAUGAAAUGAGUGAUCAUGAUUCAAAUGACAAACUCUGGCGACCAUACUAUACAUACAAGCCAAAAAAGAAAGCUAAAGGGUUUCAUAAAAUGCGGAAGUCUAGGUGGAAAAAACAGAGAGGAACUAAGGACCAAAUUCAUCCUGAUUCUGUAUCUAGUACAACUGAAGAAAAGGAUGUUGACAUCCCUGAAGAAAUUACUCAUGGUAACGUCGUUGAUGAUGAAUCCCAAGAGAGCAGCAAUCGACUCGAUAAUAAAAUAAAGCCUGUCGAUGAGGAAAUGGAAAGCGACCUAAAAUGGAAUUUGGCUACAAAGCCUUACUCGUGCACUCUCUGCACAAGGUUAUUUACAAACUCUUCUACUCUGAAGACUCACCUCAGAUGUCACACUGGUGAGCAGCCAUUCACCUGUGAAACUUGUGGACGCCGGUUUUCCGUCCAAGGGAACCUUCACAAGCAUCAACGCAUUCACCUGGGCAUGAAGGAGUUUGUUUGUGCGCAUUGUGACAAAGCCUUCACUUUGAGUGAGACUUUGAAGAAGCACGAACGGAUCCACACUGGGGAGAAACGGUACCGCUGCCGCUUUUGUCCAAAACGUUUCCUCUACCUGAGCACCAAGAAGAACCAUGAGCAGAAACAUUUGGAAAGAAAACGUGCUCAGCAAGAAGGGAGAGAACACGUUUGUUUCCAAUGCUUUAAGAUUUGCAAAACGGCAGCUGCGCUUGGCAUGCACCAGAAGAAGCACUCAAGAAAAUAUUCUGCUUGUGAGGGUUCGGAAGGAUUGUUAAACGGCAAAAGUGACCAACAUGCACACAUGAUGACUGAAUCCAAACACAAAAAUGAAGGCGAGGCAGAGGGUGAAGUCACUCCGCCAACCAUACCUGGAAAUGUCGACCAGAUUAAUCGUUCUCUUAGUACGGAACUUGGACCUGUCACUAGCCAGACUGAGCCACAAACUGUACCACAGAACACUGACUGUGUUGCAUAUCCAUGGGCAAGUUCUCACGAAGUGGGACCAAGUCACUUGCAAAGAACGCUACCAGAAAACAGUGAGAAUAUGUGGAAAAUUCAUCAGCAAAGUCUAGAUAUAAAUCUGCCUCUUUGUACAAAUAUUUCAUACAAUCCGUGUGACAGUAGCCACGGAGAGGAUGAAAGACUUGCUUUCUAUCAACGUUCUUCCGAUAUGUUUUAUAGUCGGCAAGUGGAAGGGAUUGUCUACAAAGCAAUGUGAAAGACCCAAUCUAGAGAGUUUUGUGUUUCGUGGGACUAGAAUGAUGUGGGGAUGUUACAUGAAACUUAACAUGUUUACCAGAGUGGUUGCUGUAUGUCACACAGUAUGGGCAACAGUAUAUUAUGUUUAAAGGUCAAAUAUUUCUGUGAAAUUGAGAAACUAGCCUUUUCUUUUGAAGUUAAAAAAAAAUUAUAUUUUGUUUGUUCCAAUGCUCUAAUCUCCCAAAGUUCCUCAAUGUUGUCCAUUGCUAUAAAUUUGUUGAAGCCAAAAAGCAAUUGAAAAUAUAAUUUUCAUUUUCAUUGCUUUGUGGUAAUGUGCAGAAAGGUAAGCUCAUAGUGAAAGAUGAGGCAAAGGUUAGAAACCAAACUGAGUAUAAUUUUGAAAGAAACAAAGAACAAGUAGUUUUAUUGUAAAGUAGCAAACAUCCAGCAUAUUUGAUUUCCUAAGCACCAAAUGAUAUUGUAAAGAAAUGACAUGAAAACCAUGCAUAAGCCAGAUGCAGACUUAUUCCACACUCUGUAGCUGCACAUGUAUACAUGAUGACUCCAUGUAUGUAUAAGAAGGAACUGCAGAUGCUGGAAAAUCGAAGGUAGACAAAAAUUCUGGAGAAACUCAGCAGGUGAGGCAGCAUGUAUAGAGAGAAGGAAAUAGGCGAUGUUUCGGGUCGAGACCCUUCCUCAUGUAUGUAUAUAACCUUUUGUUACAGUGGAAUAUAUAACUGGAUAGAUUAAUUUGUGAGCUACUUGGUAUUCACAAGUAAAAGUCUAUUGAAAAAUUGUUGUGUUGAAGAUCCAGUUGAGUUGCAAUUUAUUUUCUAUUUUGUACAAAAUUAGACUUAAAUAUUGGAGGAAAGGUGACCACUUGCGUCCCUUGCUCUUUCCUGGAGUGUCAUAUGCGUUUGGGUUAUUUUUUCACCAGAAAACAGUUACAAAGAUUUACAGGAUUUUCCUGUUGUACAUAUUGUGAAUAACAUGAAAUUCCAUCCUGUACUUAUUGUGACUGCCGUUGGGUUAAUGUUUUGUGUAACUAAAUGCACAGUUAGUUUGUGUCAAGCCAAGUUUUUUUUUGGUGGGGAGAGGGGGUAAAGGUACUUUUGGAUAAAAUUGUGAAAAAAAAACCCGUCUCUGCACUGUAAAGAUAUAGAUGAUGGAAUUAAUUUGAUGUAAUAAAGCAAAUUAAAGACUGUCAUUUUUCUGUUUUGACUUGUUGAACUAUUUGUAGCGUUCAGAUUCAUUUUCCAUACCUUGUUUUAUCUUUGAUCGCUACCUUGGUGUGUAAUGAUGGGAACGAUAUCAACAGGAUGUGCAGCAUGCCGCAAAGACCAGGCAGCUGAUUACAGAGAUGGAACAUUAUUUUUUAACACAUAUUACUAGUAAUAAACAUGACUCACACGGGCCUGAAAACGGACAGAUUUAGGAGAUAUGACUAAAGUCUUGGUCAAAUAGGAAAGAUUUAAAAGGAGACACAAGGAACUGCGAGAUACUAGAAGCUAAAUGCUGGAAUAACUCAGCGGAUCAGUCAACAUCUAUGGAGGGAAUGAAUCUUUGGAGAUUUUGUCUCGUUUUGAGACAUAAGAGCGAUUGUGAAAUGGCAAUCCCUUACCUGUUCUCAUACAUUCUCUAGAAUUGCAGGUAUAUUCUAUUGUCAUAUUAAUCCCUUCAGAAUAGCAAAUUCAUACAUAUAAUGUAAUGCUGAUUAGAAAUGGUUAGAUUACAAUAGUACAGCACAGGGUGGCUGCCUCACAACGCCAAAGACCCAGAUUAGAUCCUGACCUGGGGUGCUGUCUGUGUGGUGUUUGCACGUUCUCCCUGUGACUGCAUGGGUUUCCUCCCACAUCCUGAAGACAUGCAGGUUUGUGGGUUAAUUGUCCUCCAGUGUAAAGGGAGUGCAUGUGAAAGUGGGAUAAUAUAGAACUUGUGUGAACGGGUGAUUGAUGGUUGUUGUGGACGUGGUGGGUGAAGGGCCUGUUUCAAUGCUGAAUCUUUAAUAUAAACUAAAUGAAACAGAAUAAACAGGUCAUCUGACCCAAGAUGUCUGUGUCGAACAUGAUGACACAUUAAACAAAUCCCUUCUGUCUGCGCAGACUCCAUACCUGUGCAUUCCCUGCAUAUCCAUGUACCUAUCUAACUCUCUUAAACAAUCUGUUUCUAUCACCACCCCUGGCAGCAUGUUCUAGUCACCCAACAUUCCCAGUGCAAACAAACAUUUGAGCUGCACAUCUCCAUUAAACUUUCCCCCUCUCUCUUUAAAGCUAUGCCCUCCAGUCCACAAUGGGGGAAAGAUUCUGACUGUCUCCUAUGCCUCGUAUGAUUUUAUAAACUUCUAUCAGGUCUUCCCUUAGCCUCUGAUGUUACAGAGUAAAUAUUCCAGAUUUGCACAACCUCCCCUUAUAACUAAUAUCCUCUAAUCCAGGCAGCAUCCUGGCAAAUAUCUGCACACUCUCCAAAGCUUUCACAUCCUCUCUGUAAUGAUCGGCACACAUUUUAAAUGUGGGCCUGACCAAAAUUUAUAAAGCUGCAACAUGACUUCCUGACAAGCGUACCAUGCGUUUCCUUACUACUCUAUCUACUUUGGUUGCCACAUUCAGGGAAUAUGGACAUGGACCUUCUGUACAUUCAUGCUGUUAAGGAUCCUAUGUUCUUGUAGUUAACCUACUAAAGUUCAACACCUCACACCGGUUCCCCACACCCUUCUUGAAAUAUGUCAAUCUUUGUUAUAUGAGAAUUUUGCCCGAACAAUAUGUGACCCAUAGUGCUGUGGCCGGUAGCG